AUGCUGUCGAGUCUCCUCUUCAUCGUCCCCCUCAUCCACCUCCUGGCGGCCCCUCACACAAAGGUGGAGGAGUCGUUCAACAUGCAGGCGACGCACGACCUGCUGGUCUACGGCACGCCCACCAGCGGCAUCCGCGACCGCCUGGCGACGACGUAUGACCACAUGACGUUUCCCGGGGUGGUGCCGCGCACCUUUGUCGGCGCCGUGCUCCUCUCGGGCGUGAGCCAGCCGAUCAUCGCCGUGACCGGCUUCCGGCACGCCCAGAUGGUCGUGCGCGCCGUGCUCGGCGCCUUCAACGCCGCCUGCCUGCUCGUCAUGAAGACGUCCCUCUCCAGGGCGUUUGGCGUCGGCGUCGGCCGCUGGUGGACGGUCCUCAUGGUCUGCCAGUUUCACAUCAUGUUCUACCUCUCCAGGACCCUUCCUAACAUGUUUGCCUUUGGACUCACGACCCUAUCCUUCUCAUUCAUCCUCCCAACGAACGACAAGGCGUCAUCCCGUCGAACGCAGCAGGCCAUAGUGCUGAUGACCAUGGCCGCCGCCGUCUUCCGCGCCGAGCUGGCCAUCCUCCUGGCCUCGCUGGGCGGCUACCUCGUCCUGGUCGGGCGCGCCGACCCUAGGGCCCUGGCGCCCGUCGUCCUAGGCGCCCUGGCGCUGUCGCUCGCCAUCUCGGUGCCCAUAGACUCGUACUUCUGGCAGAGGCCGGUGUGGCCGGAGCUGUCGGCCUUCUACUUCAACGCGGUCCAGGGGUCCUCGUCGGAGUGGGGCGUGUCGCCCUGGCACUGGUACUUCUCGUCGGCGCUGCCGCGGCUGCUGAUGAACCCGCUCUCCCCGCCGCUCAUCGGCUUCGCGCUGUGGCACCCGGCCACGUCCCGGCCGGCCAGACUGCUCUGCGUGCCCUCCCUGCUCUUCGUGGCCGUCUACUCGGCCCAGCCGCACAAGGAGGCCCGCUUUGUCUUCUACGUCGUCCCCCCGCUGACGGCCGCCGCCGCCCUGGGCGCCAACCUGCUCUCGUCGCGCGCCCCACGCUCCCUGCCCAGCCGCCUGGCCGCCGCCGCCGCCGGCCUCGUCGCGCCGCUGUGCCUGGCCGCCUCGGCCGCCAUGCUCCUGGUCUCCGCCCUCAACUACCCGGGCGGCGACGCCCUCUCCCAGCUCCGCGCCCUGGUGGCCUCGGACGUGGCCCUGGUGGCCUCGACCUCGCCCCACCCGGACGUCAAGGUCAAGAUGCCGCCGCACAUCCUCACCCACGCCGACGUCCUCACCUGCAUGACCGGCCUCACCCUGUUCGGCCAGAACCCGCUCGGCCUGCCGCUGGCCCUGUACGCCGCCACCGCCGACGACCCGGACGUGGACGCCCGGAUGCUGGUCGACCCCUCCAUCGCCCCGCUCCUCCUCUUCGACAGGACCGAGCACGACGGCACCCUCGGCUGGCCUCACUACUGGUCCCGCCUCGGCUACGCCCUGGAGGAGGACCCCGACCUGCCCAUCGGUGCCUGGGACGUCGUCGGCGUCAUCCAAGCCUUUGCCGGCAUCGAGUUCCUCCGCCCCGGCGAGGAGGCCGCCGGCAUCUUGUCCGAACCCGACCGUAGUCAGAGCCAGGACGAGUACGGGGAGCACAACAUCCUCGGUCUGGGCGCUCGCGUCGCCGAGGUCAGACAGUGGGUCAGGAAGCGCACAGGUGGCUGGUGGGUUGGUCCCCGUAUGGCUCCGCGUAUUCGCUUAAUGAGACGUUAUCACCAGACUACAUGA